GGAAAGUUCGUUAGGAGAGGUAAUACAUGGAUAUCUAUCAAUAUGUUUGUAUUACUGUUCACGGUGAUUUCCUUAGCAGAUGCUGUUACAUUGAACGGAUCGUCUGAGUACACUGUUCCUGGAACUGACUUUACAUUGAUGUGUGAUGCACCAGAGGUGGCCAUGUUUGUCCAGUUUUACCGCCGCCCUAACGUCACUUCUCCAGUAGGUGGUGUACAGGUAGGUAAUGACCAAUGUUACAAUGUUUGGGUCAGCCCAGCCUCCCCCUGUACUCCGGAUGUCUGUUCCUGUGUCACGUCUGGAGUAAACCUUGGUACAGUGUUCCGGUGGAUCAUACAGCCACAGACGGGAGACCAUGAAUCUGUGUGGUACUGUAGACGUACCAACUAUAAACUACUUAACCCAACACUGGACAGUCAGGACUAUACGCUCAAAAUAGCAGUGCGCAGCAACUCUAACAAAUCCACCUGUGACGUCUAUAUCCUGGACCAAGGGGUCAACCGAGGUAUCGAAUCUGCACGUCGGCAGGGGAAGAUCGAACAGCCGAUUAAAUUCAGUAACGUACUUAAAGCUAAAGAUGAAACAACACCAGAUCGGACAGAUGAAAUGUAUGCAUCAAUCACUAUAUUUAGAUAA